CCUCAUUCUCAUUCUCUUUUCUUCUCAUAAUUCACAGUUCAUUUCUCAAAAUCUCAAAAUCUUUAAUCACAAGACAACAAAAAUGCACAACAUUAGUCUAAACAUGCCACCAAUUACUCAAACAUUCAACCCCGAACACAUUUUCAAAAACCGUUGCAUUUGGGUGAAUGGACCUGUAAUAGUUGGUGCUGGCCCUUCAGGCUUAGCAGUUGCAGCUUGUCUAAAAGACCAAAAUGUCCCUUUCGUCAUCGUCGAACGAGCUAACUGCAUUGCUUCCCUUUGGCAGAAUCGAACCUACGAUCGCCUUAAGCUUCACCUUCCUAAACAAUUAUGUCAACUACCAAACUUCCCUUUCCCUGAUGACUUCCCUGAAUACCCUUCAAAAUUUCAGUUCAUCAACUACCUCGAUUCAUACGCGAAACAUUUCAACAUAACACCGAAUUUCAAUGAAACAGUGCAGUCUGCUAAGUAUGAUGAAACCUUUGGUCUUUGGAGGAUCAAGACUAUUAGGAAAAAAAGCGAUGAAUUCGAAUUCGUUGAAGUUGAGUAUAUUUGUAAGUGGCUUGUUGUUGCUACGGGCGAAAACGCGGAGAAAGUUGUGCCUGAAUUCGAAGGUUUGAAUGAUUUUGGUGGACAUGUUAUGCAUGCUUGUGAUUAUAAAUCUGGUGAGAGUUAUAGUGGAAAGAAAGUUCUUGUCGUUGGAUGCGGAAAUUCGGGCAUGGAAGUUUCUCUUGAUCUUUGUAACCAUAAUGCAAAUCCAUCAAUGGUUAUUAGAAGCUCAGUUCAUGUGUUGCCAAGGGAAGUGUUUGGAAAAUCAACCUAUGAGUUAGCAGCUAUGUUGAUGAAAAAGCUACCAAUUUGGAUGGUUGAUAAGAUAUUGCUUGUUCUAACUCGGUUGAUUUUGGGGAAUGUCGAAAAGUAUGGUGUUAAAAGGCCAUGUGUUGGACCUUUAGAGCUUAAGAACAUUUCCGGGAGGACACCGGUUUUAGAUAUCGGAGCACUCGAGAAAAUCCGAUCCGGAAAAAUCAAUGUUGUUCCCGGAAUUAAGAGGUUUUCACAAGGGAAAGUCGAACUCGUUGAUGGAAGUUUUCUUGAUAUUGAUUCCGUUGUUCUUGCUACCGGUUAUAGAAGCAAUGUACCUUCAUGGCUUAAGGAGAAUGAGUUUUUUUCGGAGGAUGGAAUACCGAAAGAUCCAUUUCCAAAUGGAUGGAAAGGAAAAGCUGGUCUAUAUGCAGUUGGAUUUACAAGAAAAGGACUUUCUGGUGCAUCAUUGGAUGCAAUUAGUGUUUCUCAUGACAUAGCCAAAAGCUUGAAAGAAGAAACCAAACAGAGAAAGAAAACAGUGGCUGCACGCCAUAGGAGAUGCAUUUCACACUUCUAAGGAACAUGUUAUGAUUAGAUUGUUUCUUAAUACGAAAUUAUAGUACACAAAA